AUGAUUGCACGCCGCUCGGCAGUACUCCGGACGGUGCUGCUACUGGUGAUCUUGUCCUUUGUGCUGUUCUAUCUACUCGGAUACUACUACCUUCCGGCGGACGGCAAUCGGAACUACGCACGCAACCAGUACCUGUUGGAGGGAGCCUCCCACGAAGCGCUGCUGCGCCGUCUCAAAACGAUUCUGAACUGCAACACCCCGUCGAAUGGAUUCCAGCUCGAGACGCACGGCGAUCACUACCUUCUGCGUAACUUCUACGCUCCAGAGCGGAUUGUUCACUGCUAUGAAACCAUAACCUACACCACGCAUGGUGACUACACCUUCCUGGAGAAUGUGGUCCCGUUGCUGGAACGUUGGCUGGCACCGGUCAGUAUCGCACUGUACGCGCCGGGAGUCGACCUUGACCGAUCGGUAGCUCUGAUCCAAUAUCUGUUGGAGUGUCACGAGCAGAGAGCGCUGGUGCGUGACUUCGUGAGCUUUCAUCUUUACUUUGAGUUUGAGCAUCUUCCCACGCGGCCAGUAUCGUACUACAGGGAGUUGCUAUCCGUCCCUCUCGUGGAUUGCACUAAUGCGACGAACGCCUGGAAUUCACUGCUCCGCAACGUUAAAACCUCAAUACCUACCUUCCGGGCAGCCAACAACCUAACCUACCCUGUGAACGUGGGUCGUAACAUUGCGCGCAGUGCGGCCGGAACACACUUUGUACUUGCGAGCGACAUCGAACUCUACCCAAAUCCCAACUUUAUCCCGAUGUUCCUGCGCAUGAUCGCGCACCCCUUCUACCAGUACACACUGCACAGCCCCUCCGUUUACGUAUUGCCAGUGUUUGAGGUCGCAGAAGACGUCCCUGUACCGGUGGAUAAGGCCCACCUGCUCGAGGAUCUCCAAAGCGGUGAUGCGAUAAAGUUUCACGAGAAGAUAUGCUCCAACUGUCACACGGUUCCGGGCUACGUAGAAUGGCUAGCGGUAGUGAAGGAUGACUACACAAUGGACAUACAUGUGACGGCACGACGGGAAGGUGCGUACGCAUCCUGGGAACCGAUCUACGUCGGCACAAAGCACGAGCCAGAGUACGACGAGCGGUUAAGCUGGGAAGGCAAGGCGGAUAAGAUGACACAGGGCUUCAUUAUGUGCAUUCUAGGUUACGACUUUCACGUUCUGGAUAAUGGAUUUCUUGUUCAUCGGCCCGGAAUUAAAACGAUCGCGCAAGCGAACCGACCGCAUCAGCAAGCAAAACAGCGGGCGUUUAUACAAAAAACGAUUGCACGGGAGAUAUCUACCCUAUAUGGUGAUCGUGAAGGAUGCAAGAUAUAAUCCGGAGGACCUCUUCAUUCUCCCUUUUUCUCGGUACUUCCCAUAUUCUAGUCAAUUUCAGAUGGAAAACCUUCCCCCGCGUGUAUUCUCUUGGUGAUCGCGAGCUUUAUUCAUACUGCUGCUGCGAUCGUGAGGUGUCAACUACAUCCUUCUGUUUAUGUUGUUAUUAAUCCUAAUAAGUCAUCGUAAAUCGAGUAUUAGAAAGUAGAUGUCCACGCUGUGAAGCGGCCCUAAGCACACCCAGUCACGUUGGCGACACCGUCGCACGCGUUGAUCAGCUCGUUGAACGCUUGCUCCGGUCCGCAGAAGUUCACCCGCGGCCUAUCGUCCACGCACAGGAAGUACUUCUGGCAAUCGUUCGGCGCGCGGAAGAAUCGUACCGGCUGCACCAGACCCUGCGCCUGCGCUGGACACUUGAAGCCUAGGUACGCCUCCGCAUCACAGUCCUCCACCAGAUCGGGCCAAUCGCACUGAUACGUGGCCGAAUUGAAGGCUAGCCCGGUGGGGCAGUCAAGCACAUAGGCGGUACCACCGGCACAGUUUUUAAACUGUCCACAGUUGGCCCGAUCACCGACCUUGUAGUAGCCGAACUGAUGCGGACAGUCCUCCGUAGGGAUGGGGGGUUGCGUGCGCGUGCGGCUACCACAGUCGACGUCGAUCGGAUACUGGCAGGGGUAGGUGAAGAGCGAUACCUUGUCGUUGAACAGCAACCCGUCCGGGCAGAGCUGUCGCCGUGGCUCACCGUCCUGUUGUUACAGAGGGAAAGCGUUACUGUGAAGUUGCUAGGCCAAGACAUGAUCGUCGGAGUCGGAACCACACUUACCACACACUCGAUGUAUGCGUCACACUGGUCGGGGACGGGAUAGCGACCAUUUUUCUCCGGACACGAUUGACUCUGUGCUGUGAAGCGAUGCGAAAGAUAGUGAUAGUAAAGAUAAGACGUAUGAAGAUUACACAAAAA